GGCAGCAAUCCCGAAAUAAUCAAUGAUCCCCGCUUUAUAUUCUUUGAACUACUGUACGGCGUAACACAGACUUUUCUCCAUGCGAGCUGUUUACCAGGCAGUGCCGCCGUACCAUCUUGGCGGCAGCCCAUGGUACAUGUAAUGAUUGCCAAGAGGGAAAUACAAGCUAGACAACCUACAAUAUGUACAUAGGAGGAAGACCCACACCCCAACUCUGUGAAUUCAUACCCAACAACAUGAAGCUCACAUUUUGGCUAACAUCACCAUUGCUGGCCGUAAUUCCUGGCGUCUCAGCCGAGGUAAACUGCCGCUACAAUGUCACUGCACCAGAGAAGGUGACAUACUACACAUGCACCGAGCUGGCCAACACAUACAGCAUCAGUCUGGGAAAGUUCAUGCUUCUCAACCCGUUGAUAGAUCCAGACUGUACCAGCAUCCAAGGUAGCGAGCCAUACUGCGUAGCAGGUACCGUGGUAGCAACGACGCCGGACGGGACUUGCAAGCCGGAGUCCUAUGCAUCUUGUUUAGGAUAUACUGGCGGACAGUGCUGUAAUAGAGAGACAUGGAAAUGCGGUAAUACAAAAGAAGACUGUGCACCCGGUACCUGCGUAGGCGGUCUAUGCAGCGUAAACGACCCCAGCGCCUACUCUCUCGAUGGGAAAUGCGGUCCAGCAACCUCCAACCUCAAAUGCGGUGGAAAAUGGGGAAAUUGCUGCGGCAAAUCCAACACGUGUGGCAACAGCACAAACUUCUGCGGCAUUGACAACUGUUUGUACGGAAACUGUACCAUGAGCCCUAUUACCUCAGCGCCCGCUUCCUUGCCUUCAAAGGAUCCCUUACCGUUCUGGUGGUACGGAAACACAACUGAUGGGCUUUGUGGCCCAACGAAUGAUUACAAAGUGUGUAAUGUGGCUUGGGGGUUCUGCUGUGCGAGCUCAGGGAAGUGUGGAGAUGAAGUGCAGUUCUGUGGGACGGGAUGUCAGACUGGGUAUGGAAAUUGCAGUACGCCUGCUAUUACUUUGCCGCCGACACCGAAGCCCGGUGAUAUUAGCCCUGAUGGCACUUGUGGUGGCACAAAUGGCUUUAUAUGCAAAGGUUCUACCUUCGGAGACUGUUGCUCGAGCUCUGGCUUCUGCGGAAGUACAGAUGCGCAUUGUAAAGCAGGCUGUCAAACCAAGUUCGGAAACUGCACUGCCAACAACAUCUCGCCAGACGGCACUUGUGGCGGUACAAACGGAUACCUAUGUACUGGCAGUACCUUUGGAAACUGUUGCUCGAGUAGCGGUUACUGUGGCAGUACAACUGGGCACUGUCAAGCCGGGUGCCAAAGCAAGUUUGGUACGUGCACAGGGAGCAGUAAAACAUCACCCGAUGGAACUUGUGGUGGACAGAACGGCUACACCUGCGGUGGAAGUGGCUUUGGAGAAUGCUGCUCGGCAUCCGGUUACUGCGGGAGUUCAACAACACAUUGUUCAGCCGGUUGCCAGGCGACUUUUGGGACAUGUUCAUCGGGCGCUAGCAAGAUUUCCACCGAUGGCACCUGCGGAGGCACUAAAGGAAUGGUUUGUCCUGGUAGUGGAUUCGGUGACUGCUGCUCUGCUUCAGGGUACUGCGGAAGCACUACCACUCACUGUGCCGCAGGAUGUCAGUCCACAUUCGGUACAUGCUCCAGUGGAGCCGGUAAGAUCUCUACGGAUGGAACGUGUGGAGGCAGCAAAAGCAUGACAUGUACCGGUAGUAGCUUCGGAAACUGCUGUUCGAGCGCCGGGUACUGUGGAAGUACAACGACGCAUUGCUCCACAGGCUGUCAGGGCAACUUCGGCGGGUGCACAACUUCUGGUACUACACCAGGUAACGUAUCGCCUGAUGGAACUUGUGGAGGCACUAAGAAGUAUACUUGUGCUGGCUCAUCGUUCGGCGGAUGCUGUUCAUCUGGCGGCUACUGCGGAACCACCGUAACUCAUUGCGCCCAAGGCUGCCAAACAUCCUUCGCCAACUCUUGCAUGACCGGCAAGAUCCCUACUCUCGACGGGACAUGCGGCUCCAAGAACGGCGGCCGUACUUGCGCGGGAGGACCUUUCGACGGUCAAUGUUGCGGCGCCAGCGGUUUCUGCGGCACGACUACAACACACUGCGGUACUGGAUGUUUGGUUGGGUAUGGAAAGUGUAGUUGAGGGAAAGGCCAUAAACACUGAAUGCUUCGAUCAGCUUCUUGUUGUAGAAUUCGGACGUGUAAUACUCUGUAAAUCUAAAAUUCAGUGCACUCCAUAUGCGCC